AUGGUGUAUAUGUACCACAGCUUCCUCAUCCAUUCAUCUGCUGAUGGGCAUCUAGGUUGCUUCCAUGUCCUGGCUAUUAUAAACAGUGCUGCGAUGAACAUUGGGGUACACGUGUCUCUUUCAGAUCUGGUUUGCUCGGUGUGUAUGCCCAGAAGUGGGAUUGCUGGGUCAUAUGGCAGUUCUAUUUCCAGCUUUUUAAGAAAUCUCCACACUGUUUUCCAUAGUGGCUGUACUAAUUUGCAUGACUUAAGCCCAAAUCUUGAGAAAACCAGAAAACUCCUGACUACACGGAACAUUAAGGAAUAA